AUGGGUGUGAAUAAAGGCAGAAGCACUGUGACCCCGCCAGUGGGUCAGCUGGUGGUCGAGGGGAGCCAGCUGAGGCCAUCGACUUCGUCGCCCUCGGUCGACUCGCGCUCUCACGCUCCUUCACUCUCGCAUCUCGACCUUUCGCUGCUUCUUGACGGAAGCCUCCCACGGUCCCCAGUCGGCCACCCUCACACGCCCACGCCACACGCACACACACCCGCUGGAGGACAGCUAGCCAUGGAUUCAUCGAAUAAUAAGAAACCGUCGAAUCUCUGCUCUUCUCGGCGAGCGCCCUGGGCGACCCGUUCGGACGGCGGCCCUGACACCGCUAUCAAGAGCCGUAGUCCCGGCGCCGCGGCAACCCCGCAGGGCCUGCAAGUUCGUGUGAGAGACGACCUGCAGAUUUCUUCCGUUUCCCUUUCCCUUUCAUCUGUAUCGCGCUCCUCGGCCCCCUUCAUCCCGAUCGACGACUCGACCCCUCCCCCCGCCUACUCGACCAUCUUCCCCCCUUCGCCUCCCCUGUCGGCCGCGUCCACCUCGCCGUCCGACUCGCUCCUCAUCACGCGCUACGCGACCGCCGCCAACACCAAGUCGGUCGCCGCGCCCGCCCUCCUCUCGUCGCCCGCGAGCGAGCUCUCGUUCUCCCCGCUCGACCUCGCCGGGCGCUCUGCCCCGACUCUCGACGGCGGACCGUCCUCCUCCCUCCUCGACGCCAUCUUCCCCGCCCACGCCUCGAUCCACGACCUCCCGUCGUUCGACGUCAAGGUCGAUGACCUCCUCGGUUCAGGCUGGUCGGGCUGCAUCCUCGACAACCCCCUCACCGGCACGCGCACGCUGUACGUCGGCGGCGGGCGGUAUGAGGACGUUGAGUUGCGCGACAGCGUCGUCGACGUUAUCGACCGCGCCGAAGAGGAGUACGGAUGCCAGAGUGUCGUUCUUGCGCUCAGGAAGGAUGGCGCCGAGGACCUCGGAGCGCUCGUCCACCAGCUCUUGUACAUCGGUUGCACGGUCGUCAGCAACUAUGACGAGACUGGUGUCCCCAACGACGAGUACCUCCUUCUCGGCAUGGAGAUCUGA